ACAUAUGAUAUCUAUUGAAGGAUUUAUUUAAUCCAGAUAAAUUGAAUGGAAAUCUAGGUGUAAUAUUGUCAUAAUUGCAUUGGAAACUAUGUAAAUGUUUGUUUGUUUUUUCUUGUCUUUUUAUGAGAAUCUAAAGUUAUGUUGAUUGAUUCACCAAGACAAAUGCCUCCUUGUUCUGCAAAUAUGUACUAAUUUCCGUUACCUUUAAAGAAUGUUUCUUUAUUUUAUCAUACCAUACAAAACCAUAGCCAUUAUAAGGCCUCUCUGCCCUGUGUUAUAUUACAUUGAAUCAGCCCCUACCCCCAUCCCAAGUAGUUGUUGAUAUCAGGCCAUGGCUACAAGCGGGGUUAAGCUUCUAGGAGUGCCACCAAGUCCUUUUGUUAACAGGGUGCAGAUAUCCCUCAACCUCAAGUCAGUUGACUAUGAAUUCAUACCAGAAAAUCCACACUGCAAAAGCGAGCUCCUCCUCAAAUACAACCCUGUUAACAAGAAAAUCCCAGUUCUUGUCCAUGACGAUAAACCUAUUUGUGAGUCACUUGUCAUUGUCCAAUACAUAGAUGACCGCUGGACCAGUAGCCCUUCCAUUCUCCCAUCUGACCCCCAUGAUCGCGCCAUAGCUCGCUUUUGGGCCAGCUAUAUAGAUGACAAAUGGUUUCCUCUGCUACAUCAGUUGCAGAACACAGAAGGAGAGGAGGCAAAGGCUGCAAUAGUGGAGAAAGUAACCGAGGGGGUGGUGCUGCUUGAGGAGGCUUUUGCCAAAUGUAGCAAAGGGAAAGCUUUCUUCGGCGGAGAUAGCAUUGGUUAUGUUGACAUUGCACUUGGAUCCUACUUGGGAUGGGCAAAAGCCAUAGAGAAAAUUGGCAACUUCAAAAUUCUUGACGAAACCAAAACACCUGCCCUGUGUCAAUGGGCAGGCACGUUUUUGGCAGACAAAGCUGUUAAGGAUGUUAUCUUGGCGCCCGAGAAACUCAUAGAGCUAUUUAUGACGAUGCAAGCCCAACAGAAACCAGCUUCAAACUAAUGAGUUUUCUCCUUCAUCGUCGAGUAAUAAGUAUUCUCAGGCCAAUCAAUCUGUAUUUUUUUUUUUGUUUGAUGAAUAAUAACAUGCACAUGUAAUAGUACACUCACAGAGUGAGUGAAAGUGUGCUUUUUUCUUCCCUGCAUAAUAAAUGAAAAUCAAUAUUUCACAUUUUGAC